CUGUCGAGUAGAGUUGUGUGUUCAUUUUCAGCCACUAAUUCUGAUGGAACAAGCAGAAAUUGACGAAGGAAUUACGUUAAAACGAAGGUUUAAACCCGCUCACUGAUACAGGACAGGAUACGCGGUGACAUCUGCUGGAAAUGCAAGUAUUGGCAUGAGAUUUCCAUACUGGUGCUCGGAAAUUUCAAGUUUACAACUGAAGUAGCAGCUAAUAAUUUGCUGAAAACUGAUUUAUUUGCACACCUUUCAAACAAGUGAGGGCAGAGAGGGGAGAAGCGUGUUUGUGGAGGAGAGCUGAGUCAGUGGAGAAAGGGAAGUAGGCGAGUUAAUGGUGAAAGAAGAGGCUGGGUUAUCAGAGUGGAGGUAGGAGUCAACAUUGAAAUUCUACUCUCUUUACUGCAAGUGUUGGCAGUGAUGUCUGUGGUCAAGAGCGACACUGUGGGAUGGCUACUGGAUCACCAAGCCUACGUCAACCAGUCAUACAGAUGCUGCCAUCACGUGCCACCUGAUACCCGAUGCUGUAGAUACAUUUUCAAGGCAGCAUAUUUUGACAUUGAGAAGCCCCACAUUGCUGACACAGAAACAACAGGAGAUCAAGAGACAGUGUGUGGAGACUCAAGAACAAAAGGUAGAAAGCGCAAGAGGAAACGUCAUGCACUGAACCAGGGAGAGGUAGAAGCACAGGAAUACCAUAAGCAGGUCUGCCUGGCUAUUCGGAGUGGCACCAGAAAGCUGAUAGAGCAAAGCACAGAGUUUGGGGAGCAAGGCAUAGUCUCAAAGGUACCGGCUGGAAGGGAAUGCUUUCAGAAACAAAUCAGUAUGGUGGUUGCUGACUCUAUGUUGGUGGAGCUCUGCUCAAUGGCAAAGCAGAUGGCACAGGAACAGCACCAGCCUGUGCAGGUAAUAAGCGAUGAGGCAGAUUCCACAGCAGACCUGAAUCUGCUGGGCCGCCUGACUGAAAAUAGUACAGACUGUGCCAGAAUUGUAAUGUUGAUGGGACAGAGGUACUUGCUCCCACCACACUCCAGUUUUCUCCUGUCAGAUAUCUCCUGCAUGGAACCCCUCUUGGGCUACAAAAAAUAUGACGUGAUUACUUUGGACCCACCCUGGGAAAAUAAGUCGGUCAAGAGAAGCAAAGGCUACAGUCACCUCUUUCCAUGGCAGAUCCAACAGAUUCCUGUGCCAGAACUCUCAGCUCCAGGCUGCCUGGUGGUGAGCUGGGUCACCAAUCGGCAAAGACACCUAUGCUUUGUCAAGGAACAGUUAUAUCCCAGCUGGUCUGUUGAGGUAGUUGCCGAGUGGCACUGGGUGAAGGUAACCAGGCAUGGAGAGUUUGUCGUCCCUUUAGACUCUACUCACAAGAAACCCUAUGAGAUCCUGGUUCUAGGCAGGUAUAAAGGAAGCUCAGAAAGACAAAAUGGGGAAAAUGUCACCGAAACGGCCACAGUGCCUGACCACAAGCUGCUGGUCAGUGUUCCCUGUCUCCUUCAUUCUCACAAGCCACCACUCGGGGAGGUACUGAAAGGAUUGACCAGACCAAACCCAAACUGCCUGGAGCUGUUUGCCCGAAAUCUGCAGCCCGGAUGGACCAGCUGGGGGAACGAGGUGCUUAGAUUCCAGCAUUUGGACUACUUCCAGGAGUUUGACAUAGGAGGAGGAGACAAUGACUGCUGUAUUCUCAGAUAUCAGUCAUCUGCAACAGUCAUUGUUAACAGCAUCUGAAUCAACUGUAGGUCCUUACAAAGAAUGCAUUUUUUAAGGGAGGGGAGCUGGCUCUUCAUGCAAGGAGUUGAAAUAUUACUUUUUGUAUUUACAUUGAGGCAUAAUUGUGCAUAAAUAAAUUUUUUUAAAACUGA